AUGGAUCUUCUCGCCUAUCAUGACAAUCGCUUACUCUAUCAGCCAAAUUCGAUGAAUGAUGAGAUGGAUGGGAGGAGACAGAUGUCCGCGAUAGGACUACUGAGGUCCGUCUUGCCGCAGUUUAUUAACUCCGGGACCAAUCGAGGUCCUUUUUUCCUUGGUCUCACCGAUUUCCAUCCGAGCAACAUUUUUGUCAAUGAGCACUGGCAGGUAACGUCGCUAAUAGACUUGGAAUGGGCAUGUUCACAUCCCAUUGAAAUGUUAAGGCCCCCAUACUGGUUGACUGGUCAGAAUUUGGAUCGUCUGGAUGGGGCGAAUUUUGUGGAAUUCUCCAAUAUUCGUGAAGAGUUCAUGGCCGAGUUCCGGAAACAAGAGAUGCUUGUCACGUUGGAGGUUAGUCGAAGUUCCAUGAUGGAGGAGAACUGGAAAGUCGGAGCUUUCUGGUUUUUCCAUGCGCUUGAAUCCACCAAAGGGUUGUACAACAUCUUCAGGCAGCACAUCGUUCCUCGAUUUUCGAAGGAUACGGAUUUCCCGGACAUCUCACAGUAUUGGGGUAGUGACGCGAGCAGAUUUAUCUGUUCGAAGCUUGAGGAGAGAAAGAUAUAUCUCCAACAAUUGACGUUGGCAGCAAUGGCACCUGACUCAGAUUCGGAUAGUGAUACUUGCAACUCAUGCUGA